CCACACACUACACUCAGAGGGACCGAAACGCGGUUUUUGUUUACUUCAGUCUUAUAUUAAGACAUGUUUCGUCGCCACCACCGGAGCAGACUAUAACUGAAAAUCGGACUGCUUUCCGCCAUGUGACAUUCGAUUCAGAUAUGGAUAAAGUGCAGCGGCUGAAGUUUGACUAAAGAAGGGAGUGUGAACUACACAUUGUGCCAUCAUGUCCUCCUCCAUAAAGGAGCUGAGAAACAUUUGUGUUCUCCUUCCCAACAAACACCAGCUGGAACUCACAGUCGGGCUCAAGGCCACUGGGCAGGAUCUUUUCAAUCGGGUGGCAGAGCUUCUUGGAAUCAAAGAGAUGCACUUGUUUGGCCUCACUGUUGUGAGAGACAAUGAACACAUAUUUUUAGACAUGGAGGAGAAGCUGGCCAAGUAUUUACCCAAAGAAUGGAAGCAAGAGUCUGGAAAGGGUUUAGAGAAAAGACCCCUGCCUCUGGUGCUCUGCCUCAAAGUGCAGUACUAUGUUGAGAACGGCAGACUUAUUAGUGAACGCAAGGCACGCCAUCUGUACUACUCUGACCUGCGCGAGCGGGUGCUGCGCUCCGAAUGUCGUCAGCAGGAGGAAGUGUACUUCCAGCUGGCAGGUUAUGCAAUGCAGGCAGACCUCGGCAGCCACCAGCUGUCCAAGGAGGGGGAAGAGAGUGCCCCUUACUUCGAACCCAAGGAGUAUUUUCCCCCAUGGAUAAUAUCCAAGCGUGGACUAGACUAUCUCCUCUGCCAUGGGCCCAAAGUGCACCAGGACUUGUGGGACAUGUCCGCACGUGACGCCAUCCUCCUCUUCAUCAGGGAAUCCUGUCGACUGGAGGACGUACCUGUCACGUUUUACAGACUGCAAAAGGACAAGAAGGAAGAAAGGGGAACAGCAGUACUCGGCCUGACCCUGAGAGGAAUGCAGGUUUAUCAGGAGGAAGACAACAUUCGACAGCUGCUGUAUGACUUCCCCUGGUCAAAUGUGGGACGGCUGACUUUCCUGGGAAAGAGAUUUGAGAUACAGCCAGAUGGCUUGCCAUCAGCCAGGAAGCUUGUUUACUACACUGGGUCGUCAUUCCGCUCUCGUCAUCUCCUCCUGCACUUGAGCCGUAGCCAUCGCCUCUACCUCAGCCUCCAGCCUGCCCUCAGACACCUCCGCCAGCUGGAAGAGAGCGAAGAGAAAAAGCGUUACAGAGAGUCCUACAUCAGCGACGAGCUGGACUUGGACCCACCGGGCAGCGAGAGCAGCCCGGGUUUGUCCCGCAUCUCCACCAGCAGCUCGGGCAUCGAAGCAGAUGCCCGCCAGCACAGCAUCUCCACAGAGAUGACCUCCAUGGAGGAGGAACCGGAACAGAGAGGGGAGAAGCGUUCCAGCUCCACAGACAGCCAAGUCAGCUCCUCCACGUCUGGCCUCGACAGCAAAGCUCACAUGGAGGAUGAGGAGUGGCAAGAGGAAGAAUUGAAGGCUGAUGUCAGACAGGAACAUCUUGUGGAUGAUCCAGGUGAGAUGUUCCAUCUGGCUGAUCUUCUUAAGGGUUUGUCUGUGGAUUGCACACUCUCCUCAGAAAUUCCAUCACCAGAGAGCAUAGUGUGCUCCUCUGACAACAAUGAAGAUGAAGAUGGCUCCAGUAUACUGAAACAGAAGUCACAUGCUUGUGUGGACCGGCAGAGCCACAGUCUUGACGAUGUUCGUUUGUUCCCACCUCAGGCGCCCCUGGGGACCACACUGCCUGCUGAUUCGUCACACAGCUAUACCUUCGGCCUCUCCGACGCAAACACAAAGACGCCGGUGGAUCAUGACUAUUACCCUUUUUUGCACUGCCAAGCCAAACCUUCCUUCUACGGUCACAGGUCUACCAACUGCUUGUCUUUGGACCUGUUAGCAGAUGAGCAGUUCUUGGAGUUCAUUCUAUGAACAAGCAUUUUAUAUGUGGCCAAGGUGACAAAAUGCAUGUUUGUUUUGCUUCCAAUUGUCUGGAUGAGGUCACAAACACCACAUACAGCAACAUGUCCUUUGUAAACAGUGUAUUUAUUGACGUUGUUCUCCAUUUUGUACAUACAACUUGCACUAUUUUAUAACGUUUCAGCUUCUCUGUGCAAAAGCAUUUCGAUUGUUGUGUUCUGUGUGCCUGCAAUCUCUUGAGAGGUUGAUAUUGAUGGCAAAAUAAGUUGUAAUGUCAUGUUCUUUUGGAUAUUCAUUACAUGGAAAUUCCAUUUAACCCAUUUACUAACUCCAGCACUGCAAGAACACUUAAAAUGCGCUUGUUAUUGGCUGAGAAUAUAUAGAAGCCACAGUGCCAGUGCUUGUGCUCCUCAGUACCUUGGUUUAUUUUUUUUAAUAAUUAUUUUACACUCUUUUUGUACAUUUUGCUUGGUCAUGCUUUUCCUAUUAUUCUGCCACAGCAAACGUAGCUUAUUGGUGUGGAAAACGGAACCUCUUUUCAGCUUGUAAAGCAUUCAUCCAAAGUUUCUGCAUGCUUAAACUCUUCUACCACUUUCAUGAUUACAACACUACAAAGCUCUAUUUCUGUAACCACUAAGUUUAUAAUGAAUCUGCAGUAUUUUUAUAUUAUGUAACUGCCAAACAAAGAGCCUUUCUGUCAAGUUAUUUUUUUCCCAGACAUAUUUUCACUGUUUUGUAAACUCUAAUUAGUAUGCAAAAGAACUUCAGGCAGCAUGAGCUCAUUGGGAAGGAAUGUUAGUGAUUAAACACUUAACUCAAAUCUGUCAAUGUAUGAACAACCUGCUGUUUGAAGCAUUUUUAUCUAAAGCACUGUUUUUUUAAGAUAUCAAAAAUAAAUUUUACUACAUUAAAUACUGUGUGUAAUAGUC